AUGUCGGACCCACCAGGCUCUUCAGGACGCGGGAUGUUCACGCGCGGGCCCUCAAUGCGGGUCGGGUCGACUAAAAACCCGGAAGAUUUCGCUGACGUAACCAUCCCCGGAGACGGACCUCCGUCACGAAGCUUCAAGCCACAGUUUUCACGUCACGACUCCGUCAGAGAUCACGGUGACGGCGAAGACGACAAGAUCCUCCGUCAUCCGGUUGUUAAGUUCGUGGACGAGAGGCAGAUGUCUGCCAGAGAAGCCGUCGCGGCGCAAGAAGCUGCAGAAGCAGAGGACGAUGACGACGAUGAGGAAGACGACGAAGACGAAGAGGAAGAUGACUCAGAGGAGAAAUCUUCUGCGCCGAAGCAGACGAUGUCGUUGAUGGAUCUGUUGGAGGAGACUGAUCGUCAAAUGGGGUUAACGGGAGCAAGAUACGCCAUGGACAUGGAGGAAGGAGAUGAUGAAUACGAAGAAGAUGAAGAGGAGGAAGAAGAAGAUGGAGGAGGAGGAGGAGAAGGAGAGGUGAGUUGCUGCGUUUGUAAGGUCAACAUCAAAGGCGCGACUUUUACGCCUUGUGGUCAUAUGUUUUGUAAGCUCUGUUCUAAAGAGCUUACGGCUCAGAAAGGUCAUUGUCCCGUUUGCAUCGGCUUCGUUCUUGAGUUCCUUGAGAUCUUUUAG